CUAUAUUGGUAACUAAUGGAGAGUAGAUAAAACUUAUUGUUGUACAUCAUGACACAUUGGAAAUGACCAGGAGAUAAAUAGAUGGACCGCCAAUGAUGAGUGUGUGUGUGUGUGUCUGAAACAGUUGGAUUAAAUAUAGAAAAAAAGAUUAAGGUUUUUUAUCCUUGGCAAAAUAUGGAAAGAAAUUUAAACAUUUUAGUACAGGAAAUUUUUUUGGAUUUAACAUGACAAUGAGUUUUCGUAAAAGAAAGAGCUUUAGUGGAGACAUAAACACCAUGGAAAGUACAAGACCGUUGCUUAGUGAUGAGGAAGGUGACCUUCAUAAUCAACAUGUAAACGAGUGUAUUCCUCAUCACACAAGUGAUGGCCAAGAUGUGGAAUCUCAUAAAGAUCAACUUGCUGGACAACAUGCUUCCCAGCAAGAGAAAAAAGCAUUUCUAAGCAUAAUAAUGAUGGGCCUGGUCUUCAUGUUACUGUUUACAGCAUUCAACACAAAUGGAAUUAUAACGCAAGUGGUAAUCAAGAGCAUCAAAGCAGAGGAUCCCAACUUUAAUGGGUCUGGCUACAUAUCAUUGGCAGUUAUUUAUGCAGUCUUUGCAUCCUUUAACUGGCUAUCUCCAUCAUGCCUCAGUAUCCUUGGCCCCAAACUUACCAUGAUCAUAGGAGGCAUCACGUAUGUAAUUUUCAUCAUUGGCUUCCUGUGGCCCAACACAGCGAUUCUGUAUGUAACAUCUGUGAUAGUGGGUGCUGGUGCUGCUUUGAUCUGGACGGGUCAAGGAAACUAUCUUACUCUUAUGUCCACUCAGAAGACAAUCUCUCGGAACUCUGGCAUCUUCUGGGCUAUGCUUCAGAGCAGUAUGUUGUUUGGUAACAUCUUUGUCUUCUACCAAUUCAUGGGUAAAGAUAUUAUUGAUAAGACAACACGGAACGUUGUAUUUUCUGUAUUGACUGCCGUUGGAGUUAUUGGCGUUGGUGUUAUGUGUGCCCUUCCAAAACCUGGUGCAGGUGGCAGUGGCCGUGCUGAUGAAUCCCUUGGCAGUCCGUUUAAUGCUCUAAAAAAAUCAUUAGCUCUCUUUAAGACAAAGGACAUGCUGCUUUUAUCUGCAACCUUUUUCUAUACAGGAAUUGAGCUGUCAUUCUUCAGUGGGGUUUAUAGUGCGUGCUUAAGUGCCACUCUCAGAUUCCCCGAUCCCAAACGCCUUGUUGGACUUUCAGGAAUGUUCAUUGGAUGUGGAGAAAUCUUAGGUGGAGGUGUGUUUGGAAUCUUUGGUUCAAAAACUGUCAAAUUUGGUCGAGAUCCAAUUGUUCUUCUGGGUUAUCUGGUCCACAUGGUCUGCUUCUUCCUCAUUUUCCUGAACUUGCCUACAAUGUCUCCUCUACAAAAUACAAAAGAUCCUUCAUUUAUAUCAGAUGGCCAGCCAAGUCAAGUGAUUGCUAUGCUGUGCAGCUUCAUGUUGGGCUUUGGAGAUGCUUGUUUCAACACCCAGAUAUUCUCCAUUCUUGGUUCUGUUUAUGAAGAUAAUUCAGGGCCAGCAUUUGCCCUUUUCAAGUUUACUCAGUCCCUCUCAGCUGCUGCAUGCUUCUUCUACUCAAGUGUCUUUGAACUUUAUUGGCAUCUUGUAAUUUUGGUUAUUUUUGCUACCAUUGGCACUUUGACAUUCUGCUCUGUUGAAUGGAAGGCUCAUAGUCGCACUAAGGCUACACCAGACACAACUGCUUUUGACUGAAUCAGUUACAUGUUGGCUGACCCUUUAUUUGUAAAUUAGAGAUUUUAUUAUAUAUAUAUAUAUAUAUAUAUAUAUAUAUAUAUAUAUAUAUAUAUAUAUAUAUAUAUAUAUAUAUAUAUAUAUAUAUAUAUAUAUAUAUAUAUUUGUCAGUUACUUUGAAUAUGUCUAAACAUUUAAUUUUGUAAUUAAACUUAAUCACUGUCAUGUUAGGAUUACAGAUUUUGCUAAUCCUUUCCAUCUGGGAAGAUGUCAUCCUGAGAUUGUGAAACACUUUGUUUGUGACUAAUGCUAUGGAGAGUGUUAGUUCUGACAUUAGGCUAAAGGUCACCACAAGGGAGAUUAAAUGAACAGUUUGCCUCAGGCCCUAACUCUCAGAGUGGGCACUUUAGGACCCAGAAAUAUGGGAAUAGAAAAAUAGAGGAAGAGAGUAUGAAAACAGCCAUACCUAGCUUACAAAUGGCAUCAAUGCUGUUUUCAUUAAAUCUAAGUAUAGUAAUAAACUUCCAAUCAUUUUUGCAGCUCACUAUUUCCUUGGUGACAAUGAGCUAAAGCAUGAUGUUUAGGAUGAUGUACAUUUUCAAAAGAAUCCUUUUCAUGCUGCCAAAAUAUUUUGGUAAUGUCCUAUCUACCUGACAGUCACUGUUUGUAAAUUUUCUUAAGAUGCCUGACCAUGAAUUGUAGUUCCUUUAGAUUUUGACUAUGGAUUAAGCAUACCUCAGUACAUUGAGAGAACUAUCAUUUUAUAACCUGGUGAUAAGAUUAAUCCUUCAUAGGGGCAGAAAUUAUAUAUUUUUCAAUUUGCUCAGAUUUCAAGUUUUCAUGAAGUACAUUAAUUUAUGGACUCACUCAUUGUCUCAUAUUCCAUACUGGUAAUGCUACUCACAUUGUAUUUAAUGAUAUUCAUUGAUAUUUGGAGGUCUGUCCGGUGCCUCUUUAUUCAGCACAUGCACUCCUACAGCAGACUGAUGACUGGAUAAAGGAAGGCUGCUUAAACAAGUGGUGGAUGUGUAUCCACUUACUGCUGGGAUAGAUUACUCCUUUAAGAUCAUAAUGAAAAAUAUUUCACUUGAAACUGAGUUAAUAGUUAUACAAAGAAAAUAUACUGCAGCUUUGGGACCAAUUGUCAUAUUGUGAAUGAAACUUGCAAUGUUGCAAAUGAUAUGGAGAUUCAACAAGAAUUUCUCCACGAGACCCCCAAAGGCACAAAUGGGUCUCUUAUGGCAUGCCUAUAAAAGGAGAGUCUCAAGAAGCAUUAUUUUGAAAACAAAACUCCUAAAGAAGCACUGUACCAGUAGAUGUAACUGAAAAUGUACCAUUCUGCUUUUUGAAAGAAAAUAUAAACUGCUUAAGAAAAUAUAUAAGAAAGUGGGAAUCUAUCUUUUCUGAAGACUGUCUUACUAGAAUUGUUUGAAAUUUCAAGGAACAAUAAAGUACAUGUACUACAAAGAUUCUUAAUACAAUUCAGUAUAGUAUUCUAUAUUCCUUUGUUAAGAACCAUAUUUAGCAUAUUGUGUAUAAAAAAUAUCUUGUCUACCAAGUUAAACUCGGUUUUGAAAUACUGUAGCUAGAGGUGGAAUUUAAUUCAGUUACUAAUGAAUGUACAUACUGUAGUACUAAAAAUCAAGAAAAGUUGUCAGUUCAGUCAAGUUAAUUCUCAGUAAAAGUGUAAUGUCUUCAAACUUUUCAUAAGAAUUGUAAAUAUUUUUUAUUUAAUAUAUUAAGUUUGAUGUAUUCUUGAUUAAGAUUUUUAUUAAAUAAAUUAUGCAAAUAUUUUUAUUUUGUAUACUUACAUUUCUGAAAGUUAUAUACGGCUUACCGUAAGGUUUUGAUAAAUUUCAGUCCAUUAAGGCAGCAAACAUCUGUAGUUUUUUGUAAAAUAGAUAAUAAUAAGUGGAAUUACUAAAAUCUGCUCUCAGAAUUAUCUCCCCUGCCACUGUCAAAUAAGAAAAUCAAUAUCAUUUAGCAUGAACAAUUCAGUAGAGUGUUUGGAGUCUUGGUGGUUUCUGUUAGUUAUCUGAUGAGCUCCGUAUGGACUUGUGGUGGCUCUCGUUAGGUUAUGAUAUUGUUGCAACUGUAGUCAGCAUUUCAUCUGAACACUGAGAUUGGUCUGAUACAUUUCCUGGUGUUAACAUAGAUAAGUUACCUCAACAAAUUUCAUGAUAUUAUAGAGAUAUCUGUCACCCACAUAAGGUGUCAUUUGUAUAAUUUUGUUGAUUAUAUUUUACAUUUU